AUGUGCGGGAUACCGGUCCCUGCCUUUGAUGCAGCACCUCCAAAACUCCGUCAUGGCUGUGGGCAUGUAAUUUGUCCAGAGUGCAUCCCCUCCGAUGACCAGAGAUCAGCGAACAAGACCUCGUGCUUGUAUUGUGGUGGGCAUAUAAGUCCAAAAUCAGACGUCCUGACGCCAAAUAGCGGUGACGACAACAAUGACAAGGUGGACCAUUUCGAUCUAUCAGGAGUCUCAUCGAAAAUCGAAGUCCUGAUCCGCCACCUCCAGCAAACCCCAAGAGACACGAAGAGGUACGUCGGCUCUGCUAGACUGGCCGAAGUCCUUGAGAACCAAGCUUACAUCAACUCACCCAGCAUUGUAUUUUCCUGCUGGACAAAAACCCUGGACCUGGUCGCACUCCAUCUCACUCGGAUGAAGAUCCUUCAUCAACGAAUUGACGGCAGGCAAAAACUGGCAGAAAGACAGCACAACAUGAGCCGUUUUGUGUCUGACGAGGGCACCUCCGUUCCAGUUCUGCUCACGACUACCGGUGUCGGUGCAUUCGGGUACGUGCCAUCUCCGCCAACCCCUAGGUAUCCCAACCUUGCUAACCACCCGACUUCCCGUGUUUCCAGGCUCAACCUCACAGCUGCUAACCACGUCUACAUUCUCGAGCCCCAGUGGAACCCAAGCGUCGAGAGUCAAGCCCUCAGUCGUGUUGCCCGCCGUGGUCAGAAGAAGACUGUCCUAGUCACAAGAUACCUGGUUCAUGGCACCGUGGAGAUUGUAUGA